UCAGACAUGCCGGGCCGCGGCCAGCGGAGGAGCUAAGCCCCGACUUGCCUUCGUCUGGCGACGCUAUUUAAAGGCGGCCCGGCCCCGCCGCUUCAUGCCAGUGCAGCGCUUCAGCUCCGCCGCGUGUGCGCCCGCCAGAAGCGCCCAGGCAAAUGUGCAACACCAAGAUGUCAGCGGGGUCGGACGACCGCCUCGGCGCCUCUUCCAUUCCCCACGCCGAGCAAGAGGCGCUGGUUAAACCGAAGCCACUAUUGUUGAAGUUGUUAAACUGUGCUGGUGCCCAAAAAGACACUUUUACAAUGAAGGAGGUAAUAUUCUAUCUUGGCCAAUAUAUUAUGUCUAAACAAUUAUAUGAUGAAAAACAGCAGCAUAUUGUCCACUGUGCAGAUGAUCUUCUUGGAGAUCUAUUUGGGGUACCAAGCUUUUCUGUAAAAGAACACAGGAAAGUAUACUCAAUGAUUUCCAGAAACUUGAUAGCAGUUAGUCAACAAGAGUCUAUGGAAGCAAACGUAUCUGAGAAUGAGACCAGGUGCCAACUUGAAAAAGGCAAUGUUCUAAAGGAAUCCAUGCAAGAGUUAGUUGACGAAAAACAGACAUCCCCAAAUUUGACUGCUAGACCAACUACCUCUUCUAGGAGGAUGCUUAGUGAAUCUGAAGAAAAUUCUUCAGAUGAACAACCUAGUGAAAGAAGAAAACGGCAUAAGUCAGACAGCAUUUCGCUCACAUUUGAUGAAAGCCUUUCUUGGUGUGUUGUAAGUGGACUAUGCUGCGAAGGAAGCAACAGCAGCGACUCAAUAGACUCUGCAAGUCCUGAUCUUCAUGCCAGUUCAUUAAGCGAAAACUCUGAUUGGUUUGACCAGAGUUCUGUUUCAGACCAGUUCAGUGUUGAGUUUGAAGUUGAGUCCAUUUAUUCAGAAGAUUAUAGCCAUAAUGAAGAAGGACAAGAGCUCACAGAUGAAGAUGAUGAGGUAUAUCAGGUGACGAUAUAUCAGACUGAAGAGAGUGAUGCUGAUUCAUUCGAUGAAGAUCCUGAAAUAUCACUAGCUGAUUAUUGGAAGUGCACUAAAUGCAAUGAAAUGAACCCUCCCCUUCCGCGGCAUUGCCCCAGAUGCUGGGCUCUUCGUGAGGACUGGCUUCCUGAUGAAAAGAAUGACGACAAAUCUGAAAAGCGAAAAUUGGAAAGUUCCACACAGCUAGAGCAUGAAGAGGGUUUUGAUGUUCCCGACUGUAAGAAAGUGAAAAUGAAUGAAGAUAAAGAACUAAGUGUUGAAGAAAGUGAGGAUACAACAGCACAAACUUCUGAAUCCCAGGAAAGUGAGGAAUACUCUCAGCCAUCUACAUCUAGCAAUAUCUUUUGUAGCAGCCAAGAGGAUUGCAAAGAACCUGAGAAAAAAGAGUCAGAAGACAAAGAGGAAAGUAUGGAAUGCAGUCUACCCCUUUCUAGCAUAGAGCCCUGUGUCAUAUGUCAGAGCAGACCUAAAAAUGGCUGUAUAGUUCAUGGCAAGACAGGACAUCUUAUGUCAUGUUUUACUUGUGCAAGGAAACUGAAAAAGCGGAAUAAACCCUGUCCAGUCUGUAGACAGCCAAUUCAGAUGAUUGUGCUAACUUAUUUUAGUUAGAAGGAACUUCAGCAUAACUGUGCAACAAAGUUUCAACAGACCUUCCAUACAAAUUUCCAUAGACUCUUACAAUUAAGAGAGUAAGAAACUAUUUUUGUAUGUUUAACUAAAAACAUAUUUUGGUUGAUUUUUCUUUCUUUUGAUUUUAAUGAAAAGUUGAUGUCUUCAUUAGGCAUUUGGGGAGAUUUUAAAGUACCCAAAUUCCUGAAACUUAUUUCUAUGUUAGGGGAUCUGACACAACAAGAAUUACACAUCACAAGCAGAUCAGUAAUGACUCUUGUACAACUGAAUAGAAUGUCCAUUUUAAAAUAAUGAAUUUAAUGCUUUUGAGAAAUGAGAGAGUUCUCAAGUUUCAUUAUUGUGAAAAUCAAUUUUCUUUUCCUCGGUAAGAAUGAAUAGAUUUCAUAAUUUCAACCUUCCCAUCUUUCUACAAAUUCCGGUAUUUGUUCCUUAGUCAAGUUAUUGGGGAAAAUCAGAACUUCUUAAGAAAUCCCUAGGAAAAUUCCUAUUUUGAAAAAUAAAAUUUUGACUUGGUCAUUGCUGAGAAUUCAAUUUAUUUAUCAAAGUAGGUAAAUUGGGGGAAAUACUUCUGAGACCGCUUCAGAUCACCAGAAGAUGUGAAAGUUAGUAAAGAAUUAGAGUAAUUAAUUUAGACCAAAAAUUGGAAUGAGCGAAGAAUGAAAUUAGGGUAGAGACUAGCCUUUUAUUUCAGUAAAAUGCAAGUAUACGUUUCAGGUGCUAUAAAAAUGAUUACUACUGAUAAGUAAUUGAUUUGAAUUCAGCUUUGAUUGGUAGUAACCAAAGAUGUUUGUCACAUCACUCCUGUGAAAUGAUUUUGAGACCUGUUUCAUAUGAUUUGGUAGUCUGUCCUGUUGCUAAUAGAUAAGUAACCACAUCUGAGUUUGGCACAUUUGACUGGCCCAGCAGAGGGGGCCAAAGACUCAAUGGACGUGGUGACUUUAAAAAAAACAAAACAAAAAACCAUGUUCGCUAUGAAAACACAUUAGUGGAGCAGUGUUGGGGAAGUUUAUACUUCUACUGUACCUGUGUCCAGUGUUGUCAGUGUACCACAUUUCAUGAGCAUUACGUUCACUUAAAUAAGACCAAAUAUACCAAACCCUUCAGAGAGAGCAAAAGCAGCAUGGUGAUAUUUUGCAUAAGGGUGGUUUUUUAGUUCAGUAGUUUUUUUUAAUUGAAUCUGUGAUUCUCUGUUUUUGUCAGGGUUUUUCUGAAUAUUGAAGAGUUGUGAGGUGGUAGAUUGGCCGGUUAUAUACUGAAAUCAGACUUUAAUAUAAAAUGUUGAUCAAAAUUUUGAUAUUACCUUUUUGGACAAAAAUGAAAAAUCUGUAAAAUUAAAUAUCAUUAAAACUAGUGUGUCCAGUUCCUUGGUAACUCUUUUCAGUAAUGAAUUUUAAAAAAAUCUCACCAUACUUGCCCUCUCCUCCACCCUCCCACCCUUCCCAAAUUCUCUGUCUUGUGAAAUUUCUCUGUACUUUUUAUGUUGCUGAAUAUUUUGUGUGUUUGUGGUGAAUUCCAAGAAUGCAGUGAAAGUGUGUAUUUACAUAGAAUUUUUUUAAAAAUGCUGUUAAGUUACUCAGUUGAACUGGUAUUUUGAGGAUAAAAAUAUAAGGUUUUGGAUCAUUUUGACGAGACUAUUGUGCAAAAAUGUGGCUUUCUUCUCUUGCUUAAUGAGGUCCUCUUGCAGAGUGUAAUAUUGAGAAGAGACAUGCAGAUUUUGGGGCUUUCUGAUUUCAAGGGCAGCAUUCCAAAGUAGUUUAACCAAUAAAGAAUGGUGAAAACGGGAGAACCGUUCAUUUAGUGACUUCAGAUACUGAGGCCCGGUGUAAACAAAAGUUAUACGAUUUUCAAUAUAUCAGUUGUCAUUUUAGCAUACGUGCAAAGUGCCUCAUGCGGCAAGUGACCAGGAUUCAUCACCGAAUUUGGUCUGCUGGUUGGAUCAUUGGCUUUCCCAGUUUGGGCCGGGUAUUGAUGGGGAAUGCAACAUGAAUGCUAAUCGUUGGUUAAGGGGUACAUCUCCUCUAAGUUGGACACAGCUAUACCAGUAUAAUUAUACUUAUAGCAUUAUAAAUUAUUUGUUAUAAAUUAUUUCCUCAUGGGAAUGGGUAUAACUCUGUCUGCAGUAGGGGCUGUACUGCUAUAGCUGUUCUGGUAAAAGAUCACAUCCCUAACUGUAAUAGUUAUACUGGUAUGUGUAGACCAGGCCUGAGAGACACUAAAGACAGGGAUAUAGAAAAGCAGAUUACAGAGCAAUUAACAGAACCAGAAAUUAUACAGUCAAAUCUUACUAAACCGCACAAUAAGUAUUCUUCUAUCCUCACUUCUGAAAAAAGAUUGAAUUGCCAAGGACUGCAGUGAGGUUUCAUUUUACUAAGACUUACUUAUUUUUACAUUUUUGUAGUAUUUUUUGAAUUAUGGACAUAAAUAACUCCAUAUUGUACUAUUGCAAAUAAGUGAACAAAACAAUUUUUUGUGGCGUUUUCCUUUUUAAAUUUUGAUCACUUACAGAUUCUUAAAUUUCAGCAGUUUGCUAGCUGGAAGGAUAAAGUUAGUCUCUAAUAAAACUGUCUGGGCAUAUAGUCUCUUCAGCUUUGUCCCUUCUCUUAGGCCUGGCCCACACGGGGGAGAGGGUGUGGGAGGGGGGAAUUGAUCUAAGUUACGCAACUUCAGCUACGUGAAUAACAUUGCUGAAGUCAAUGUACUUAGAUCUCACUGUGGUGUCUUCGCUGCGGUGAGUCGAUCGCUGAUGUUCCCCCGUCAACUCUGCCUGCUCCUCUCGCUCCAGUGGAUACUAGAGUCAACGGGAGAGCGCUCGCCGGUUGAUUUAUCGUAUCUAGAGUAGACAUGAUAAAUCGACCCCUGCUGGAUUGAUCGCUGCCUGUCAAUCCUGCUCCUGCGGGUACUGUAGACACUCCCUUAGUCACUUGGGGAGCAACACCAUGAAUGCUCUUACAAGAGAGCAGCCUGGCUCCCUUCCUCCAAAAGGAUUUGGUUGCCCCUCUCUCAUGUACAGCCUUUUCUAAUCAAUGUGUAUUGGAAAGAAGGGCCCAGACAUUUCAAUAGGGAUGGAGUAACCUAUAGAAUUUUGGAAUAGGCUAUAGCGAUGGUGGCAGGAUUUCUGUGGUGCUGCUUCUGUCACAAUACAGAAACACCAUUCCAUCUUCAGGCAGAUGCUUCUUUGUAGUUGAGAGUUAUUUUUAAACCUACAGAACUUCUUUUUGUAAAGCAUCUCCUUGCACAGCGGCCGCUUAUUACGGUAAAAAGAAAGGAGGACUUGUGGCACCUUAGAUCCGAUGAAGUGAGCUGUAGAUCACAAAAGCUUAUGCUCAAGUACAUUUGUUAGUCUCUAAGGUGCCACAAGUCCUCCUUGUCGUGAAUACGGACUAACACGGCUGCUACUCUGAAACCUGUUGUUAUUAUGGUAUGUUACUUCAUAAAUAUAACUAUGAUAAAACUUGCAGACAACUUCUGUUUUGGAUGCGGGAGAUCAGAACCAAACAGGAAAGUGAUCUGGGGGCUGUUAAGAGUAGUGGGGGCUGUAGAGAAUAAGGAAACAUCAAUGUAAAGUCAUAUGUUCAGAAAGAGGCAGUAAAUACUGUUGCUACUAAGGGUUUUAACUCUCUCUCUCUCUCUCUCUGUCUCUCUCUCUCUCUCAUACAAUUUGCAUCAUAACAAAAUACUGCCGCCUCUUCCUAGAGAAUUGCCCCUCUAGUUAGCACAGUGGGUAUCUAUUUUUCAUCAUUCCCUGCUUUGGAGAACGUCGAUUAUAUAAUUUCCUUUUAUAAAAAAUAUUUUUUCCCCCCCUUAGAGUAGGGUACCCUUUGCUUAGUUGUCAAGUUUAGCAAAGGAAUAAAACAAAUAAGCAGUCCACAAAGUUGGAUUCCUAGUGUAGGCUAUUCUGUGUAACCCUUGGAAUGCUAGGAACCUGCCCAUAGCCAAAUUGAUUUUGUAAUAGUAUGACUAGGAAAUCUUCUGACAGUUAAAGGAUAAAGAAUUUUUUUGUACAAAUUGUGGAAAUGGGCCGGUAAAAUCUUUUCCCCUCCUCACAGCACUGUGGAACUGGAUAUGUCAGGGCUUCCAUGUCCUUGGGCAGACUUCUGUGUCAUGGAAAAUCAAUAUAUUUCUGUCAGAAUUAGGUCUUCCAGGAGUACUGUGUGCAUUCUUGAGUGCUGCAUAUGAAGUACUUUAUCACCAAAAAAAAUUUAUAAAUUUUCCUCGUAUUGUAAAAAACCAAGCUUUACCCCAAAAUAUAUGCUAUUUACGUAAAAGCAAAGACACUCCUACGACGUGGCAGCUGUCCUAAGAAACCAAGUUAUCAGGGUUUCCUAUCAUAUCCUCUCAACAUUCUAAUCUUGUGAGGCUUUCUUUCAAGAUUCAGAGAUUGAAAAGAAAGUAGAGAAGUUACCAUGUACCCGAAUGAAAAUUUUCAAGUACUUUUCCAGUACUUUGCUAAUAAGUCUGAGAAUGGCAUUCAUAAACAUGUCUUAAAAAUAAAUUGGAGCACCUCAGCAAUCCUAUCAAAUGGCAAUUUUCUAUAUUGAAGUCCCAAGUUGAAGUCUGCACCCGACUCAGUUUUUCACAUGUAUCUGACCCAUAUGUUGAGGACCAAGAGUUCAUCAUGAAUUGUACUCCAGUUUUUCUAAAACUAGGCAAAUUAAACCCAAAGCAGGGUUAAUGGUGAGCAACCUUCAGUACAUCUCCCUGUCUUAUUUACCUUUAUUACUUUAUUUUGUGCAGUAAUCAAUGCAAAACAAAGUUCACAGGCAUAUUACUCGUAUGUUGAGCUCUCUGAAAUUCUACUUAUUUAAUAUCAGGUUAGUUUUAAGUCUUAAUUUAUCACUUGUAAAUAUUCUUGUAUUUUUGGAGACUUAGCAAUGUUUGCCAGUUUUAAUUUAUUGAGUGGGUGGGGGGUGGACAGGAGGAGAGACAAGGUGGGUGAAGUAAUAUCUUUUAUUGGACAAAACUUCUGUUGGGGUGAGACAAGCUUUCGAGUUUUUCUUCAGGUCCGAGACAGGUACUCCUAGCAUCACAGCUAAAUGAAAGCUGGAACAGAUUGUUUAGAGUAAGUAGUUAGAACAUAUUCUAAUCUAAGGGACCAUUCAAGGUAGAGUGGUCUGUUUAACACCUCUGCAGUCAUAAGUCAAAAAGAGGGAGUUAGUGGAUUGCAGAUGAUUGUAAUGAACCAUAAAUCCAGUGUCUGUUCAGGCCAGGAAUUUUAGUGUCUACCAGAGUUGUAAAUUUAAGCUUCCAAGCUUAUCUUUUGAAAAUGUUGUUCAGGUUUCCUUUGAGGAGGAUGAGGAGUGAUACAUCAGAUAUAAUGUGAUCACUUUGUGAAAAGUGUUCAGGCACAGGUGAUUGGGUGUUUGGUUUUUUUUAUCAUUUUUGUGUGUGAAUUCAUUUGAGAACCUAACGGUUGUCUGGUUUCACCCACACAGUUGUUGGGGCAUUUAGACACCUGUAAGGUAAGUUUUAACAUUUAGAUAAAAAGAGAAUAUUUUUAAGUGUAGUUGCAUUUUAAAAGAGCAGAGAUCUUGUGAUGAUGGAGUGGGGCAGAAGCACAGGAAGGUUUAUAGGAAAGCCAUGAGAUUGGAGUUUUCUCUUUCCCCUCUCAAUGAAAUUUGCAAGCUAAAACUACAAAAAGUAGUAAACAAAAAAGAAGUAGAGAGAAGGUAGCUGAGAGUUAUCUGAAAAUUCUAAAGGUGCCUGUGGUGGGGUGGUUACCCUGCUGUGCCUCGAAGGGCUUAAAACAGCCCUAAGAGAGGGCUAUAGCUGGAGGAAAGUUAGGCUGGUUGGGGGAAGUAGCCACAGGUGGGGCCAUGCCCGAAUCAGGCCACAGCUGGUCCUAUAAGAGGGCUGUUAGCCAGGAGCUGAGACAGACGCUCUCUCUAGCUACAUGGAGAGAGGAGGACCUGGCUGCCUAGGAAGCUGAGGAGGGUACCUAGCAGUGCUGGGGAAGGGCAGAGGGAGCUGGGGAGCUCCAGCCUAGCAGAGUCCCACGCUGCAGGCCAAGGUAAAGGCCCACGAAAGGGUACUAAGGCUGCAGAGGAGCAGCCCAGACCUAGACAGAGGCAGCUGGUCCGACCCCCCUUGCCGAUGAUGAGUGGUACAGACUACAGUCUGCCCCAGGAGCGGGGGCUAGAUGAUGACUGACAGUAGCCAGGGGGCAGAACCCUAAUCUAGAAGGGCACCAGGGUCCGGGAGGGGCAGGGUCCAGCAGCAGGCGAGACACCGACUGGCAGAGGGCGCUCCUGGCUGAAAAGAGCUAAUUCCCUGGACAACCAGCAGGAGGCACUGCAGCGGUGAGUCGUUGCCCCUUGACAGUGCUGUAGUAGGAAAAAGUCCUUCAGCAGCAACACUUUUCACAGCUAGAGUGCUAUUGAAUCUCUGGCUGCAGCCCAGGGGUUCAGGAUUAGUUCUUUGUGCUGGUCAUAUUGGCGUUUAUUCAGUAGAGGGACUAGCUGCAUGACCAGAGGCCCUAAGAGAAAUUAUAUUUGUUUAUGGAUUCAGUUUGGCUGUGAAUAAGGAACCCACAAAGGUGAAUGACUGGAUGGGUGACCUAGAUCAGUGGUUCUCAAUCAGGGGUCUUCGAGCAGGUUUCAGGGAGUCUGCCAAGCAGGGCAGGCGUUAGACACACUGGGGCCCAAGGCAGAAAGCUGAAGGCCUGAGCAAUUUACUAUACGGGGCCCUCUGUGGCUUCGGGCCUGGGCAGUUGCCCUGCUUGCUACCUUCUAACGCCAGCUCUGGCUUUUAUAUGCAGAAAAACAGUUGUGGAACAGGUGGGUCAUGGAGUUUUUAUAGCAUGUUGCAGGGAGCCUCAGAAAGGAAAAGGCUGAGAACCUCUGACCUAGACAUGAAUUAAAUCUUUAAGACUGCAGAGUUUUCAAUAAUGGUCUUAUAUUCCUUCAUAGACUUGACUUCUGUGCAUUCAAAGCAUAUAGGAAUCAAGUACCAUUGGUACAGUGAUUUGAAAUUAUUCUUACAGUACAACAAACAAAAGAGGUCUUCCAUACCAAUUUCCAUGUUUUAGUUUGUGUUCUUGGAGUUUUAGGGCCUAUGGUAUCUGUGAUAACGAGAACACUGAUGGAAUCGCAGAAUUAAAACAAUAACACAGAAUCUAGGGUCGCAGAAGCAGGUGGGCAGAGUGGGCUACAUGGCUGAGCUAUGUGCAGCUGCUGGAGGUAAGAGCAGUGGGGAGAAGGGCAUGGGGGGCAAGGGAUUCAUGGGGAGGAGGUGCAGGGGGUUAGGGACACAAGGGUGUGCAAGAGUUAGGGGAGAAGAGCCAGCAUCAGGGAUUUAAGGGCAACUUCUGGGAAUUCAGUUCCUUGCUGUGUCAGUUUCAUGUUGGGAGUUGCAGACUCCAGCCAUGCAACAAAACAUUGAUCAGUACAGCGAGCUACCACCUCUCACCUCCCUUAACCAGGAGCGUGUGAACAAUAGUUGUUGUUUCUGCACAGUACUCAGAAUGACCCCAUCUCAGGUCCACUGGAUCUUUGCACUUAUUGGAAGAUUAUGAUUGUGCCUAAAGUAGCAGAGGUUGCCCUACCUUACAUCUUCCCUGUAAGCUCUGUAAAGACAGAGAGAAGCUUUAGGGAAAUAUAAAAAUCUAUUUACAGCCAAGAGGGAAUCACUUUCUGACAAAAAUACUAAAAGGCAUAUUGUACCACAAUGCAGAUGUCUGCCAGAGAUGGCAAAAAUAAUAUUUAAGCAUCAGUUUGUAAUGCUCCUCAGCAAUAAACAGUUGAUUUGAUAUUUUGAAAUGAUUUAAUCAAAUUUGAAAUGAAGCAUUCCUUCAGACUAUAGGAAGCUUUAAAGUACUUACAUUAAUUUAAAAUGGCAACAAUGACUGCUGCAAGGAUAAAUUGUUUUGAGUGCAUUUUUUUUAUUUUUUAAUUAUUCAAAUCUGAAUUCAGGUAAAUUGACACGGUAAGAAGCUCUUUCUUCUGGUGACUUGUGUUAUUGUUCAGCAAAGUAAUUUUGGUCAUAUUACUGAGUGCUACUUUAAGAAGUGUUUUAAAAUGUGUUACUUUUACUAUGUACUGUGUAUCUGCAGGAUGUUUUGUUAUAGGAUUUUUUGGUAAAAUCAGUUUUUUUUCCCAUUGCAAUCCAAUUCUGAACAUUUUAAUGAAUUUAUAGAAAGGCUAUUUAAUUGUCAAUGUGCAUCAAACAAUUUUGAUUAAAAACAUAGAUGGAAUUAUUUUUUUAAAAAAUGAAAUAAAUAAAUCCAAAGAUCCACAAUAAUAAAACUGAUUUCAGAGGGCCCUAGAUGUUUUAGGUAUUUCAUUAGCAUCGUUCCUGUGUCAGUUCUAAAUUCAUCUCUUUAGAAGAGUGUGCCUGGUUCAAAAUUAGUACUAUCCAAGACAUCAACAAAAAUUGCUUUUAUGUUUCAGAUUUCAAGUCUUCAUAACAUACUUUAAGAUAAAGUAUAGAUACUAUGAUUUCCAAAAUUUAAGUAAGUCUUAAGUUAUUUGUGAAUGGAUUAGAGAGAAGGGGAAAUUUUCUUGUUUGUGAAUAUCUACUGGUGUUAUCCUAUAAAAGUCUCAGAGUCAAAACAAAGUUUAGCAGUAGCCAACUUACUGGUUAGAUAUUUAAGCACUAUUGAUACUGCAGGGCUUAUUUCAAUUAAGUGCUAUCAACUAAUGCAUAUUAGCACUUUUAAAUAAAGAUUCCAAUUAAAUUUGGAAAAACCAUCAUAUGUAUUCAAGAGGAUCUGGAUAUCAGGUUUGAUUAUCUAGCUGAUUUAGAAAGGGUAACAGCUACAUAAAACUAAAUCUAUUUAUCGAAGGUAUUAAAAUUGAAUAGCAAUGUUGUCUGUAGAUCAUUGUAUUAUCAUUAUUUCAUUUGCUAGAAAGUGGUGGUUAAAUGUGGUGAUGUCUCCAAAGCGCUCUAUGUGAGCACAAAGUUUAAUGCAAAAUUUAGUCGCCUGACUCCUUUAUAUAAAAAAAAAUCCUAAACAAAAACUAUUAAUUUCCCCACGCUUUUGCAAGUGUUCCCCUGUACUUUUGAACAUCCGUGGAAACAGUUUUUAAACAAACAAAAACCCUUGCAUUGUUUUCAACUGCUAUAAACCAGCAUGGUAUGAUUGUAUCAGAACCGGAAAGUGAAAUGAUUAGACGAAGUGGUGACUUGUCCAAGAUGAGAGAUGAACAAAUGAAAAGUAAAUUCGUUGUUUCCAUUUUAGUAAUCUAAGAGGCUGUUGGGUAAGAAGGGUACUCGUGGACGGUGGGUAUAAUAGGCCAAGGGAGGCUUAAGUUUCCCCAAACAGGCUGCGCUGCUGCUGAAAGGGUGCCUGGGCCAUGCCCCGGCCCGCACUUCACCUUGAGGCCCUGCUCCUGUGUCUCGCUCUUUCCCUGUGGUCCUGCCCAUGCUGCCUCUUCCCCUGAGGCCCCCGGCCUCUCAUGCCUCUUAACCUCCUCCCCCAUGGUUCCUACCGCUUGCGGUCUCUUCGCUCUGAGAGGCAUGAGCGGCGCAGGAAGGGGAGCCCUUUGGAGAAGGGGGCAGAGAAGCACAGGCAGUGGGCAGGGGAACGAGUGGGGGGCAGGCUUUGGGAUGGAGCAGGGGGCAGGGCCAUGGUCCUGGCACCGGUGGCCCUCCCACCCUUCUAGGGAGCUUCCCGCGCUCGGUCCAAGCCUAUGAGGUUACUUUAGAGUCGCGUCGUCCAUGAGGUUACUUUAGAGUAAUUUUUUUAUGUGACAGUGGCUUUUAAACCAGUUUAAAAAACAGUUUAACAACUAAUUAGCUUGAACCAUGUGUGUAUUGCUGAACAGCUGUGUCUGACCUCUUUACAACUGAGCAACAAAUAUAGAGUUAUGUAGAAAAAUGGGGGGCAGGGGGAGAGAGGCAACCUAUCUACUUGGUUACUACUUCUAAGUGACCUAUAUUAUUUUACUCAAUAGCACUAACACUAUAAAAAUUCCAAGUGAUUGAAUCUUUGUAGUAUAUUGUAAAUGUUAAUAUUUAUUAGCAAUACUUUAGAAAUCUGGUAUAUUUCCCCUUGGUCUUUGUAAAUAUUGCCCUUAAGUUAAAAAGUGGUGGUUUUUUUUUUUAAAAGGACAAACUGUUUGCAAACUGAAUUAUACAAUGGACAGCAUGGUGGAUUAAAUAAAUCCUGAAAGUAUUUGCUCCGUCCUGCAGUUUUUCUGCAUGCAGAAUUCCUUUGGUCUUUGAGAAUGUAUAUGGAUUACAGGAUUGUGCCCUUGCUCAUUUAAAAUAAGACCACCCUGCUUUGCAGUGAUUUCAAACAGCUGUGCAAUAUAGACACCACUCAUAGAUGCAUCAAUAUUUUAAUGGCUUAAAAUUUUAAUCAAAAUAUUUUGAGAGGAUUUGUAAUAGCAAAUAUCAGUACUAUCCAUCAGUGUCCAUUAAAAUUAAAUAGCAUUAAAAAAGUGCACGUACUACAGUUUUCUUUAAAAGAAACAAAUUUUUCAUUGCUGGAAAAAAUAUGCAGGAUAUAUUAAAAUUGUUUUAGUGUCUUUUGUUGUACGAAAUCACAACUCUUAAGGAACUCAAGGUUUUAUUUUCUGUUUAUAAAAUAGAGCACAUGUAAUAAAGAAUCUUUUGAAAUCCC